AGUCCCUCCCGGUCCCUCCCGGUCCCUCCCCGUCCCCCCGCCGGCCGCUCGCAGCGGAGGUGCCGCGGGCGGGUGCCGGAGCGGCCCCAGCACCAUGAGCGGCGGCCCCGGCGAGCGGGAGGGCGGCCCCGGCGAGCCCGGCCUGCCCGAGGAGGAGGUGAGGACCCUCUUCGUCAGCGGCCUGCCCCUGGACAUCAAGCCCCGGGAGCUCUACCUGCUCUUCAGGCCCUUCAAGGGCUACGAGGGCUCGCUCAUAAAGCUCACCUCCAAGCAGCCCGUGGGGUUCGUCAGCUUCGACAGCCGCUCAGAGGCCGAGGCUGCCAAGAACGCGCUGAACGGCAUCCGCUUCGACCCCGAGAUCCCCCAGACGCUGCGGCUGGAGUUCGCCAAGGCCAAUACCAAGAUGGCCAAGAGCAAGCUGGUGGGCACCCCCAACCCCAGCACACCCCUCCCCAACGCCGUACCUCAGUUCAUCGCCAGAGAGCCCUACGAGCUCACAGUGCCUGCACUUUACCCCAGUAGCCCUGAAGUGUGGGGGCCGUACCCCCUGUACCCGGCGGAGUUAGCGCCCGCUCUACCUCCUCCUGCUUUCACCUACCCCGCUUCGCUGCACGCCCAGAUGCGCUGGCUCCCUCCCUCCGAGGCUGGUUCUCAGGGCUGGAAGUCCCGUCAGUUCUGCUGAAUGCCAUGUCUCAGGUGUGUGAUGGCGGCCGACAGUCAGUCUUGUGGGUAUGAACGGAGCCUGCCGCCGCGGCUGCUGGGCGCGCUCUCCACACGACCGCAGUGUGCUGG